AUCUAUUAUUUAAUACAAAAGUUCUACUAUGCCACUCCACUUACACUUGCUGCUCAUCAAAUCUUCGAGUCAUAUCAAUGCCAAAUAUCAUCCAUCACGGUAGCCCAAAUAUCUCAAUCACGAAAUGGCUUCACCCCGUUCCGUUCAUCAACGUCAAACAUCACGUCGACUAUCAUUCCGUCAAACUAUCCGCCUGCGUCCCACAGCGAAAUGGAUUUACCUCCGUUGGUCGAUCUCUUCUCCGGCGAGGAAGAUGGAUCUGCGGCUCUGGUCCUUGGCGCGCAAAAAAGAUAAAAGUCUCGAAGAUAUAUUAUGGCACACGAACGCACAAGCAAAUCGAGCAGAUUGUGAGGGAAUUGAAGAAAACUUCGUAUAAAAACAAGAACACAAAAGGUGUCCAUUUUACAACGAGUCCAACAAAAAGAGGAUUUCCACGUUUGAAGCCGUGGAGAUUCGAGGUUUGCCUCCGAUAUGGGACAUCGAAGAUUUGGUAGCCAUUGGAAAGAACGAAGAAUCAUGUCCAUAUUUCGCUGCCAGAAAUCUCGCGGAGAAAGCAGACAUUAUUUUCUGUCCUUACAACUAUAUUAUCGACCCUGAUAUCCGCGAAAGUAUGCAACUCAAUCUGAAGGGCCAAGUAAUUAUUCUGGACGAAGGUCACAACAUAGAGGAUAUUUGCAGAGAGGUUGCAAGCGUCAGUUUCCGCGAGGAUCAUCUCCAAGUUGUCAUAAAUGAAUGCGAAGCUCUCGUAAAAGAAAGAUCCGAUGAUCCCAGGGCUUACGAAAUUCUGUGCUUGUUCCUUUCCAGAGUGUUAAAAUUUUUGAGCUGCGUGGGCCUCAGAAAGAUCGACUGUAACAGCGAGACUCGUUCGAGUCCGUACUGGUCGGGUGCAGAGCUGUCAGAAUUGUUCGACAUUCACUUUAUGAGCAAACCCCUAUGUGGGGCGUUUAUAGAAGCCUGCAACACAGCGACUUCAGACAUGAAUAAAGCGAAAGACGAGAGCAAAAUAUCUCGCAGAGUCAUGAAACCCGUCAUUUCACCAGCCACCAAGAGAGUACUUGAUCAUCUGGUAUUCGCCAUUCGGAUGAUCAAUUUCACCAUACAUGCGAACGAUUACAGGGCGUGUGUGACCGAAGCGAUAGUAAAUGAUUUAAAAGCUUGCAGAAAAUAAAGAGGAUUAUUCUACGAAAGUUUCAGAACUUAACGUUUUUUCGAAAUUUCAGGCGACUGGAAAGAUAUGGUCGCCAAUUGACAAUGACUGGAUACCGGCAAAACAUCGUAAACAGCAUGCACGAACCUUGAAACUAAUGUGCAUGAAUCCAGGCGUUAUCUUUGCACCGCUCGCUCAAAACGCACGCUCUAUAAUACUCGCGUCUGGCACCCUGAGUCCAAUCACGUCGUUCCAAAGUGAAUUGGGAACGUCGUUCCCACAUGUGCUGAGGACCAGCCAUGUCGUACCUAAGGAGCAAGUUUACGCGACCUGUAUAUCCCAAGGGCCUAAUAAAGUUAGCCUCAAGGGGAUUUAUCCAGUUGUGAACAGCUGGUCUUUCCAGGAUGAAAUAGGUAAAGUGUUGUUAGAUAUUUGCGAAUCAAUGCCUCAUGGAAUCCUCUGCUUCUUCUCCUCUUAUAACGUGAUGCACAAGCAUAUAGAAAGAUGGAAGAGCACCUUCACUUUGAGCAAAAUCACCGAUGUAAAGCACGUGUUCAUAGAACCCCGCUAUGGAGGUGAUCUUGCAGAUAUUAUGAACGAAUAUCGUCAAGUGAUAGAGCAGACAUCUGCUAAACAAGGGAGAAACAUUACUGGAGCGCUAUUACUGGCAGUCUUCAGAGGAAAAAUAGCUGAAGGAAUUGAUUUUAGAGACGACGAAGCUCGUUGUGUAGUGACUGUUGGUAUACCUUAUCCAGUAAGGAACGAUCCGAUGAUUGAAAUGAAAAUGGCUUAUAACGACAAGAAAGUUAAGAAUGGCUUGUUAAGAGGAUCAGAAUGGUAUUCGAUUCAGGCGUUCAGAGCUUUGAACCAAGCAUUGGGUCGUUGCUUGAGACAUAUCCACGAUUGGGGUGCUCUAUUGCUAAUCGAUGAAAGGUUCGUGAUAAUUUAGUUAAUUAUAGAAAUACAAACUUUUUAAGUUUCUAACAAUAUUUGAUUUCUUUCCCUGUUAGAUUUUUGCAGGAUGAAACCAAGGAAAAUUUAUCAAAAUGGGUUAGAGCAAUGGUAAAUUCCUUUGCGAUACGUUCGAGCGAUAUUACUUUAAUAUGGAAACUUAUUAAAUAAUUCAUUUACAGUGGGUUAAUCGAGAAGAGUACACUUUGAAAAAAGACCUUCGUCAUUUUGUGGCAAAACAGAAAAUGAGAGAUGCAAAACAGCCAGGAAUCGCAAAU